UCAUCCCGGUCGUUAGCUUCCCUUCUUUUCUUUCAUUUUUUUAAAACCUUUUUUGAAUGAUAAAAUGAAACAUCUUGCCAAGUUGUUUUAUUAUUUAUGUUCGAAUAUUAUGACCAUGCUUUGGGGCUUGUGCUUCGGUGGUGGUGUUGGGGUUUAAAUACAAUAUUACACCAAGCAACUUAGAAAGUACAGACACGUUGAACCAACCAAGAUCUGAUCUAUCGCAACUUGGUCUUGUGGGCAAAAAGACACCCAAAAAAGAAAGGGGCCUUCUAGUAGUUUUACAUUUUUUUAAAGUCUCACCCACUCUCUCUGGUUCUUAAUAAAAAAAGUUCAGGUCAACAAAUGCAUACCGGCCAAUUAAUGUCUCAAUAUCUGUUUGAAAGCAACUGACAAUGUCUUGGUGAUUUUCAACUUUUUAAGUCGAAGGACAAAAUGUCAAAAGUUUGCGUUAAAAAAGGAUUGGAAUUAGGAAGAAAGGGAGAAAAUUGAAAUCAAGCUUAUUUCUGGAAAGGGUGGUUCAAAAAAUAAAGGUUGAUGGAGAAAAGGAGUUCAAUUGAUGUAGAAUGAAUAAAAGAUUCAAAGGGUAUUUGAAAAUGAAUUUCCUUCUGGAAGCUGAGUUAAGGAGAUUUUGAUGUGGAGAGAGAUGAUGGGAGUGCUGAGAGAUAGAGUAGAUGGAAGAGGGAAGAAUGUUCAAAAGCCAGCAAGGAAAGCCACUUGUUGUAUAUGAUCUUAUUUUGUACCUGAAGUCAACUCAGUGGUAUUUCUCUAAAGAUGCUCUGAGGUGUAGAUAAAAUAAAGGGUGUCAUAGCAGUAGCUGCGUUUCUCUACCAAUUUGGUGUGAUGGAAGGUGUUUUUGCUAUCAUCUUCCUCUUCUCCAACUUGCUGUUGCUUCCUUAUCCCUCCUCUUCUUUUCCUUUAUGUACAAAUUCCAGGGCACCUCUCACCUUGAACACCACGCUCAAAUUUUGUUCCUACAAUGGAAGCAGCUGUUGCAACUCCACAGAAGAUUCACAAUUGCAGAGGCAAUUUCAAGCAAUGAAUAUCUCUGAUCCCAGCUGUGCCUCACUUCUGCAAUCAGUUCUCUGUGCAAGAUGUGAUCCAUUUUCAGCAAAGUUAUUUACAAUCGAUUCUGUGCCCCGACCAGUGCCUCUACUCUGCAACUCUACUGUUUCAACAAAUUCAUCUCAGUCUAACCAAGCAACAAAUGAUUUCUGCUCUCAAGUAUGGGAUACAUGUCAAAAUGUAUCUAUACUAAAUUCCCCCUUUGCACCUUCAUUACAAGGGCAAGCUGGAGCACCAGUCAAUUCAAAUUUCACCAAACUGACUGAACUUUGGCAGUCAAAAACUGAUUUCUGCAAUGCAUUUGGUGGAGCAUCUACUGAUGCAUCAGUUUGCUAUGAUGGCAAACCUGUUACACUAAAUGAGACUGGAACUCCUACUCCUCCACAUGGCUUAUGCCUUGAGAAAAUCGGGAAUGGAAGUUACCUAAAUAUGGUUGCUCAUCCAGAUGGGUCAAACCGUGCAUUCUUCUCCAAUCAACAAGGUAAGAUUUGGUUGGCGACUAUUCCUGAGGUGGGAUCUGGAGGAACAUUGGAGCUUGAUGAAUCCAACCCCUAUAUAGAUCUUACUGAUGAAGUUCAUUUUGACACUGCAUUUGGGAUGAUGGGUAUUGCAUUUCAUCCAAACUUUGCACAGAAUGGCCGAUUCUUUGCCUCAUUCAAUUGUGAUAAGGGUAAAUCGCCAGGAUGUACAGGAAGAUGUUCCUGUAAUUCCGAUGUGAACUGUGAUCCUUCAAAACUACCUACAGACAAUGGUGCACAGCCAUGCCAGUAUCAAAGUGUUAUUGCAGAAUAUACUGCCAAUGGUACCGGAUCCCAGCCUUCCUCGGCAAAAACUGCUAAAUCAUCAGAAGUGAGAAGGAUUUUCACUAUGGGCCUUCCCUUUACUUCUCAACAUGGUGGACAGAUACUUUUUGGACCUACAGAUGGGUAUUUAUAUUUUAUGAUGGGGGAUGGUGGUGGUGAUGGUGAUCCCUACAAUUUUGCUCAAAACAAGAAAUCAGUGCUUGGAAAAAUCAUGAGGCUUGAUGUAGAUGAUAUACCAAGUGCAGCAGAAAUUAAUAGACUUGGUCUAUGGGGAAACUACUCUAUCCCCGAAGACAACCCAUUUAGCCAAGAUGAAGAAUUGCUGCCUGAAAUAUGGGCUUUGGGAUUGAGAAAUCCUUGGCGUUGCAGUUUUGACUUGGAGAGACCUUCCUAUUUUAUGUGUGGGGACGUUGGCGAGGAUUUGUAUGAAGAGGUCGACAUCAUCAGCAAGGGUGGAAAUUAUGGUUGGCGUGUGUAUGAGGGCCCAUAUCCUUUUAAUCCUACAUCGUCCCCUGGAGGGAAUACAUCUAUAAAUUCCAUAAGCCCCAUUUUCCCAGUUAUGGGAUAUAACCACUCUGAAGUAAACAAGAAAGUAGGAUCAGCCUCAAUUAUAGGAGGUUACUUUUACAGGUCCAACACCGAUCCUUGUAUGUAUGGGAGGUACUUGUAUGCAGAUUUGUAUUCUGGUGCUCUAUGGGCCGGAACGGAAGAUCCUGAAAAUAGCGGCAACUUUUCGACAGGCACUAUUCCUUUUGGGUGUGCAAGAAACUCUCCUAUACAAUGCAGCACCGUGCCAGAUAGUGCUCUUGCUGCGUUGGGUUACAUUUACUCAUUUGGGCAGGACAAUAGGAAAGAUAUUUACUUGCUAACCAGCAGCGGAGUUUACAGAGUUGUCCCUCCAAGUCGAUGCAGUUACACUUGCUCCAAGGAAAAUGUUACCGCAGUCGAAAGUCCAAGUCCUACCACUUCACCACCAUCACAUGCAAACCAGUUGCAUCCGGCAUUCCUAUUAUCUGCUUUGUUGCUGCUUUUGUAUAACCUUUUCUAACGCCAGUAGUAUGUUCUGGUGAGUGUAGAGACUCGAAAGGUUACUUUUUCUGUCUUUGUUAUUGUUUUUCUGGGUUAAUAAAAGAGAUGUAAUUUUGGUUGCUUUAAGAUUCUCUACUGGGAUUUCGGAACCCCAACUUGCUUGUAGUGCUUAUAUUUAUAUCCUUUUUGGUA